GCCAUCAUGUCAACGUAAGAUUAUUUUAACACUGCAGAGGCGUGCAUUCAGCGCGACCUCCUGGAAGGAAUCGCACGUUGGCAAAUUUGGUUCAGCCCAGGGUUCGACCGAAACGCUAGCUCGUCAGACGGUGCAGACUGCAUUACACCAAUACAUUAGGCGACGCUCAGGACCACACAGCAGGAAGCGCGGCAGGUGUUGCACAGGUUUCCGCACUAAUGAACUGCUGCGGCCACACCUCCAGCCACCUUACUUGACGUGCGGGCGCUACCCAAGCAACCCAGCUGUCCGCACCUCAGCGCCGGGAGUGGAAGACACUCUGGGUGAAGUCGCAAGGUCGCCAGGCCCUUUUGAUGUUGCCGCUGCUGUUUCUACUGCUGCUUGUGGGGCCGCCGCCGGCGGCGGUGCCGCAAGCAGGGGGGCGCUCUGCAGCGCCGUUGCUGCUGGCCGCGGCGGCAGCGGCGGCUCCCACGCACCCACCUAGAUCAGACGUGCAAGCGGCGGACCCAAGCCAACAGCAUCAGCAGCAGCAGCAUGCGCAGAGACUCAGCGCCGUUCGGCCUGGACAGCAGAGCCGGCGCGUUGUUCUAGGACAGCGACAAGAGCAGGGGCAUCGAAACCAGCAGGAGGAGCAGCGGCAGCAGCCGGAGGAGGAGGAGGAGGAGCAGGACGAGCAGCAGCCAACGUCGCAGCAGCGACAACAACAUGCGCACGCGUCGGUCCCGGCAGCCCGCCUGCCGCCCGAGUGCGGGCGCUACGCCGCGCUGUGGGCGGACGGCAGCCCGGCGGCGGAUGACGUGGGCUGGUGGCGGCAUGUGGGCGUGACGCAGCGCAUGACGGAGGCGGCGGUGGCGGCACACGCGGCCUGGCCCAACCGCACACGCAACGCGCUCUACUUUGCCUUUGUGGGCGGGCGCGCGCACGUGCUGCCCACCGACCUGGUGUCGCCCAGGUUCAGGACGCACGCGCCGCUGAUGGCCGCCUACAUCAAGAUGCUACUGCACCUGGAGGAGCGCUACGGCGUCGGCAGUAGCAGCAGUGGCAGUAGUAGCAAUGACGGCAGUAGCAGCAGCAGCUACAUCCCGGAUGUGGACUUUGUGAUCACCACAGAGGACAUGGCGCCGGUGACGCCGCGGCAGACAGCCGAGGUCAUGCACGAGCGCGGCCGGGCGCCGCAGUUGAGGUACGGCAAGCUAGCCAACGUCAGCACGGACCUGCUGCUGCCCAAUUUCCACUUCGGGCUGAAGCGCUACGACUCCGAGCUUCUGGCGGCGGUGGCGGACAUCAACAGCCGCCACCCCUGGCCGGACAAGAGGCCCAUCGCCUUCGGCCGCUUCUCCAACUACGCCCGCCGCCGCCCGCCGCGCGGCCAGCCGCCGGUGCUGGGCGCGGGCGGGCGUGUGGUGUGUGGCGGCGGUGACGUGGGCGACUGCUUCGUGCGCGAACACCUGGUGGAGUGGGCGGCGCAGUUCAGGCCGCCCGAGUCGGAGCAGCAGCAGCAGCAGCAGCAGCGGCAGCAGAGGCAGCAGGAGCAGCAGGCGGGCUCAGAGCACCCUGAGCGGGGGCUGCAGGAGGGUUCGGUGUCAGGGUUUGGUGGUGGCAGCAGCGGCAGCAGCAGUGCAGAGGGCAGCAGCAGGAACAGGAGCAGGAGCAGGCGCAGCAAGGGUGCAAGCGCUGGCGCCGGGCAGCAGCGGCGUCAGCAGCGGGAGCUGCUGGCACGUAAGCGCGACCGCCGCCAGGCCUCAUCUUCUGCCUCCUCCCCCUCCCCCUCCUCCUCCUCUUCCUCCCAACCCUCCCCCUCGACCCAGCCCUGGCACGUGGACGUGUCGCUGCACGGCCGCCUGUCCAUGGCCGACCACGCCGCCUACCGCUGGCUGCUGCACCUGGACGGCGUGGCGCUCAGCAGCCGCCUCGAGCAGCUGCUGGCUCUCGGCUCCCUGGUGGUUCGUGAGGAGACGGGCUAUGCGGGCUUCUACCACCACCUGCUCCGACCCGGGGGCCCCCGGGCGGAGCGACGGGAGGAAGAGGAGCGGGAGGCAGAGGAGCGGGAGCAGGGGGAGGAGCAGGGGGAGGAGCAGGGGGAGGAGCAGGGGGAGGAGGAGGAGCAGGAGGCUGAGCAGGGGGAGGAGGCAGAGCAGGCGGGGGAGGACGGGCAGGCAGCGGGGGCUGAGGGCGAGAGUGAGGGCGAGGGUGAGGGCGAGGGGCAGGCCACUUCCGGGCCCCACUACGUGCCGUUCUGGGGUCCGGGCCACACGCCGGAGGAGCUGGCGGAGGUGCUGGACUGGGCGGCGGCACACGACCAGCAGGCCGCGCGCAUCGCGGCUGCCGGCCAGGCCUUUGCGCGGCGCUACCUGUCCGCGCCGGGCCGCCACUGCUACAUGCUAUGGCUGCUCCAGAGCUACGCCACCGCCCUCGCCUACACGCCGCCCGCCGCCGCCUGGGCAGGGCAGCUGGUGCCGCUGCGGGACUGGGUGCGGAGCGAGAUACUGGUGGCGGCGGCGGGGUUGGGCGGCGAGCAAGGGGAGGAUGUAGAAGAACGCGAAGGUCAGGGGGGAGAGGAGGAGCAGGCCGGUGAUGGCGGGGACCAGGGGAGGAGUGGCUGUGAUGCGGGGGGCCGGAGCCGGCACCGGCACGGUGGCCUGGGGGGUAAGGUGAUGGAUGGGAUCCUGGCGGCUGUACGGCGGGCGGCCCAGGGCAAGCCGGAGGACAGCGCGCAGGAGCGGCGAGACCGCGGCAUCCUGGCCACAGCCUACCUGGCGAGCGACUGCUAGUAUUUUGGAGUGAACAGUUGGAGUGAUGGGUACUUGCACCGCAUUUUGUCCUGUCAGCAAGGCGCGGGAGGGUGCUGGUUGGGGUGGAAGCGGGGCUGCCCCCUUGGUCUGGCCGCUCCGAGACCUGAGCGAGCGAGACGAAAUUCGAGAC